GUGUUCCGGAAGGCAGUUUCGGAGUUGGUGUCAAAAUUGUGACAGUGGUGACAGUGGACGAUGAACCGAAGGAAUUUGCAAAAAUAAUAUUACGUAGCGAAAAAGAGCAUUUAUUUAUUAAAUUACCAUAAAAAUCGCGAUAAUUUAAUUACGGUGGUGUGUCCCAGGGUGCUCUUGACUUGUUUCCGUGCAAAUUUGCUGGAAACUUUGGGUGUGAAUGGGGCUAAAGUCGCUGUGCUGGUGAAAUACGCAGGAAAGAAAAACAGAGAGUGAGGGGCGAAAACAUCCGGACAAGGAGGGUGGGUAGAAAAGUGAGUGUCGGUGCAAAAAGGAGCCUCAAAGUGGAUUCCGGUGUCACGAAAAUUGGUGGUUUUGGUGUUUUGGGGAUGUUUUAGCGUCUGUAGAAUGUGAAAAAGGAGACAUUGAAUGUGUCCAGUGGAGUUUGCAUAGAAACAGAGUGAUUGGUGUGUGCGGCUUUGUGUUGCUGGGAGAAGGGUGUAUUUCCGGAAAGGAAAGAGAAUCUGGGGCUUGUCCUCUGUGGUAGGUGUGAAGUGUUGUUUUCGGCAAAAUGUCAGGGAUUUGGGAGAUGGUUCGCAUAGAGCCGUGUCACCCAUUGUCCUCAUGAUUGCAUCCCCGUCUGCGAGGCCUUACCACCAUCCGCCCCAGUAACCCCAGCCGGGUGGCCAGAGAGCCCGUACAGACUGUUCCGUGUGUGUGUGUGUGUGUGUUGAGGGAGUUUUGAAAUUGUGAUAUGGGUGCCAAAGCGAGUACGGCCAAUGGGGGGGAACACCAGCAUCACCAUCAGCAGAGUCCACGCACCAGGACCUUCUCCACCAGCAGCAGCAGUGACGUUGUGAAUGGCGGUGGGGCUGGAUUCAAUCUCCUCAGGGCUAUUCCACGCAUCCAGAUGACCGCCACAUCUUCCCAGGAUCGUCAGAGGGCACGGAGUUUGUCCUCCGUUCCGGAUCUCCAGAAUGCGGCGGGCGGCGAUGCAGCCGGCGCCAGUGGUGGACACGACACACUCUCCAUCCAACCAUUUGAACACCACUCCCUCAGCCCAGACGAUCCGAGCCCCCUUGAGGCUCACGUGGCCAGUGCCCUCACGCUCAAUCGCGUCUUCACGGCCACUUCGCUGCCUUCGCAUUGGUCCCUCAAUGGUACGUACCGAGCAGAUAUAAAAUGUCCUUUUUGCAACAAAUUCGUUUUAUCUGACGAUAUUGAGUGUCAUUUAGUAAUGUGCCUAACAAAGCCUCGCCUAUCUUACAACGAGGACAUAUUGAGUGAUGCCAAAGGGGAAUGUGUGAUCUGCCUGGAUGAUUUAUCUCCCGGCGAUGUGAUAGCCAGACUGCCGUGUCUCUGUGUCUACCAUAAAGGGUGCAUUGACAAGUGGUUUGAGGUGAAUCGAAGCUGUCCAGAACAUCCUGGCGACUGAGAGAUUCACACAACGACAGAUUUUGCCGACCCAUUAACAUUUCAAUGCCAUUUUUAUUUGUUAACGAGCAGAAGGUGGAAAAAGGUGACGAUGCAAAAAGGUGUUAAAUCAAAUCAGAGAGACUGUAUAUAUAAAAAAAAAACUAGCGAAGAAGUAUGAUGAUGAAAAUACUAAAAUAACAAUUUUUAGCAUAGAUAAAAUAUGUAGAGUAAUUUACACAGAGAAAAAGAAAAGAGAGGAGGGGAAAAAACACCGAAUAGACAGAAUUUUCAGGUUUAAAGCACUGAAAAUUUUCUUCUUGGCGAUGAAAAACAAAAAAAAAAUUGAAUUGAGAGAAGAAAAAAAAACGAAGAUGCGAAAGAUUCAUCAAAAUGUCAAUCUCUCUCUAAAUAAUUCAACGGUUUUCUUUUUGGAGGCGAGAAAAGAGGAAAAUUUGUGAGAAUUUCACGGAGAAAUCUCACAAAAUAAAGAACAAUUUGACAUUUAAAAAACAAAAACAGAAAUAAAGAGAAUAGUGAUAAGAUACUGCAGAGAAAAACAUGAGCUGAAAAUUGCAAAAAAUACGCAGAAAAAAGUUUUUUUGUUCACUUUUUUCCGUCAUUUCUCAUCGCAAGAAAAAAAGAAACAGCCAUCUGAAGGAGUGACUGAUUGCGUGCUUAAAAACUGACUAAAAAAGAAAUAUUUCUAAAAAGAAAAUCAGAUAUUUCGUGAAAUAAAAAAGAAGAAUAGAAAAAAAAUCUAAGGAGCAUCAAGGAAAAAAUGCAGCAAAAAAUGCGAUAAUGUUAUCAAUUGAAUUUUUUUUAGGCUGCUGGAAGCAGAGAAAAAAAGGUACGUUGAAAAAUUUCUGUUCUUUUUCAAUUCAACCGAUCUAGAUCAUAAUUUUCUUCUUUUGUAAAUAAUCAUGAGUAAAAGAAAAAGAAAAAAAAACAACAAAAAAUCUUCUUUUUGUAGAUAAAAACUUAAGGAAAAACAGAGAUAGAAACUUUUAAUGUGGUAACAAUUUUACAAUUUGAAAAACUGAAAGUAGCUUAAGGUGAAAUGAUUAAAAGAAAAAGGAGAAAAUAAAUAAAAAUAAAAUUGGUGGAAGAGGAAAAUAUGCAACCAAAAUGAGGUAUAACAAAAAUAAAAUGUGUGUGGAAAGCAAGAAAAAUUGGCACAUUGUCUGUGAUUUCUUCCUCGUAAAACAAAAAAAAUAAAUAAAAAGUAAAAUAAUGAGAAUUUUAGUGAGAAAGAAGCCCCCAAGAGUAAAUUUUUAGAACAAGAAGAAAAAAUAGCAACGAAAUUAGAAACGGUCAAGUACAUUUUUCAUGUUGAAUUCUUUUUCACUCUUUUUCUACCAAUAAAAAUCUCUUGGCGAUGUUACACAAGAGAAAAUUUAAAAGAAAAACAAGGACAGUGGGGAACAGAAUUAUAGGGACAAGUGUAAAAUAUUUUAUUUAGCAUUGAAAAAAUUUUAAAUUUGUCAUAUUUUGAAUUUUGGAAUCAGUGAUAAGAGGCCAACCUUUAAAAAAAUUUGAUAUUUUUUUGAUUUUGGAAAUUUUAAAAAAUCGUUCUUUUUUUAAUGGAUUACGGAUAAAGAUUCCCAGGGAGUAGUAUAAGACAAAUUCCUAGCGGGAAAAUGUCAAAUGUGAUAGAUAUUUCAGUAGAUUGUGAGAGACAAAAUCACAAUCGACGAGAUCGUGCGAUUUUCAAAUGGAAAUCGCAAUAUCGUAUGAUUUUUGUAAAAAUCUUCAGAUUUUUGUACAAAAUCUGUAAAAAUGUGAGAUUUCAAUCAUAGAAUUGCGUAAUUUUUUCUUAAAAAAUGCAAGAUUGGACGAUAUUUGCCAAGAAAUCGGAAUAUCAUUGUCGCAUGGAAAUUUGCAAGAUAAUCUCAAGAUCAAAAACGAAAAACUGCGAGAUUUUGCAGUUUUCGCAUGGUAAAUGCAACAUCGUGUAAUUUUUGCAAAGAAAAUGCAAUAUCGGGCGAUUUUUGGAUAGAAAUCGCAAAAUCUUCCAAUUUUUUGUUCAAAAAUUGCAAGAUUUUUCGAUUUUUGUACAAAGAUCGAAAAUUGAAGAUUGGGAAAUUGAGCCAUUGUCUCAUAGAAAGCGCAAUAUUGUGCAAUUUUCACUAAGAAUUAGUGAUAUCGCGUGAUUUUUGCAUAGACAUCGCAAAAUCUUGCAAUUUUUUGUUCAAAAAUUGUAAGAUCUUUUGAUUAUUCUAUGCAAAAAUUGCAAGAUUUUUUGGUUUUUGUAUUCUAUGCAAAAAUUGCAAGAUUUUUUUGGUUUUUGUACAAAAAUCGAAAAUGCAAGAUUGGGAAAUUCAGCCAUUGUCUCAUAGAAAGUGUAAUAUUGUGCAAUUUUCGCUAAGAAUUAGUGAUUUUGCGCGAUUGUUGCAUAGAAAUCGCGAAAUCUUGCAAUUUUUUGUUCAAAAAUUGCAAGAUUUUUCGAUUUCUGUACAAGGAUCGAAAUUGCAAGAUUGGGAAAUUGAGCCAUUUUCUCAUAGAAAGCGCAAUAUUGUACAAUUUGCUCUAAGAAUUGGUGAUAUUGCGCGAUUUUUUCAUAGAAAGUGCAAAAUCUUCCGAUUUUUUUUUGUUUAAAAAUUAUAACAUCUUUUGACUUUUGUCCAAAAAUUGCAGAUUUAUCGAUUUUUGUACAAAAAUAAAUCAGAAAUACCAAUUUCAUGUGAUUUUCGCAAAGAUGGAAUCAAAAAUCGGAAGAUCUGAAAUACAAUUUCAAGUUAUUUUUGCACAGAGUUACUAAUAUCUUGUGCGAUUUUUGCAAAGAAAUAGCAAUAUUCCACAAUAUUUGCAGAGGAAUCGCAAAAAUUUUUGGAAUCAUGUUCAAAAAUUGCAAGAUCUUUUUUUUGUGCAAAAAAUUGCAAGAUUAUUUUAUUUUUAUACAAAAAUCGCAUGAUCGAAAACAAAAUUUUGCGUGAUUUUUAUUUAGAAAUCAAAAUAUCGUGUGACUUUCCAAUUAUUAAAAAAAUGCAUGCUUUUCGAUUUUUGUAAAUUGCGAAAUAAGAAAAAGCAAUUUUUCCUGACUUGCGUAGAAACUAGCAGUAUCGUGUGACUUUUAUAAAGGAUUGGGAAUAUCGCGCUUUUUUACAUAAAAGUCGCAAUAUCUGCCAAUUUUUGAACAAAAAAUGCAAGCUCGUUGAAUUAUUGGCACAAAAAGCGAUUGAUCGCGCUAUUUUUAGCUUAAGAAUGCAAAAAAUCUUGAUUUUUGCAAAGAAAUUGGAAUAUCGAUAUUUUCACAGAAAUCGCGAGGUCUACCAAUUAAAAAAUAUAAAAGUCCCAAAGCAAUUCGGUUAAAAUUUUGGAAUUUACAUCAGAAUGACGCAUAGACAAGUAGCUGUCAAUGGUAUCCGUUUGGUGUAGUUAAAAAUUCUGAAGUGACAGCUAUAUUUCGGGUUUAACUCAUUGUCGAAACACAAUCGAUUUUAAAUAGAAAACGUUCUUGAAAACGUGGAAAUAUUUCUGGAAACACGUAAACAUUUCGUCGUUUGCAUUGAUACGUCUCGUACGGUAAUAUCUAUUUUCGAGUUCAACUUCAAUUUGAACUUAAUAGAGCAUUAUUUUCUUAUUAAUUAAAUUUGCAAACACAAUUUAUAUCGUGGCAUUACCAGAAACAGAAAAUUAUAAAAUUUCUCAUGCUUCUAAAAACAGGUAUCCCACGUAAAAUUGUAUAGUACUCUUAUGAGUUACUCAAUUUCUGUAGCUAUAUCUAAAUCAAAACACGUUAAUAAUCGUUUCUAAAUUUAACAUUUUCUUAAUAUUCUUCAUUUUUUUUAAGUUAAAAUUGUUUGAAGAGGCCCGUUCUUGAUUUUUUUUGUGUUGUAAAAGAGGCUUUAAAAUAAUAAUUUCCAGGAUUUUAUUAUAAUCAGUUGUUUAAAAUAAACAAACCGGAAACGUUUGUUUAUCUCAAUCUUUAAGUCAAUCUUUAUUAUGUUUAGUACUCUUUAAAUUAUUCAAUAUUUUAUAAAAUGUUUUAAAAGACUUUUUUUGAGCAUCGGACAAAUUUUAAUGCUCUCAAAAUUUAGCAUUUUUUUUAAUGUUCAACAGCAGAUUUUCUCUAACCUUAAUUUAAAUGAUUUUUUUAAAUCAUUUAAAAGAAUUUAGGAGAGAAUCGCAAUUUUAGUACAUAUAUUGGCGUAGCAUUUUUAAAUAUUCUGAAAAUAUAUAUUUUUUAAUUAAAAAGAAAUUAAGGCAUGUGAUGAGUGUAUACACGCUUGUACUAAAAAUGAUAUCGUUUUUUAACAUUUCUUCAUGAUAAUUUGUGUUUCAUUUCAUAAGAACUGAUAUAUUUGGUGUUGAUGUUUAGUACACAAAUGUAUUAAAUAUUAGCCCCAAUUCGUAAAAUUUUUGGUAAUCUAGUAUAGUGACAAAAACUGUGAAAUUGUGAGGGAUACGUUCCUCUUGUCAUAAGUUAACCAAGGAAAAAUUAAUGUCUAAAUCAGAUGCUCGGUUAAUGGGACAUCAAGUUUUUUUUCACUACACGAUCAGAUUACAAAUUUUCAGAACUGAAAUGAUUUUUUAAAUUUGUUGUUGUUCUAAAGUUGUACUAAAAAUAAAUCUCAAAUUUUGUCAGUUUACAUUGGUUGGUUUUAAUUAGUUAAGUCAAAAAAAAAAAAAUUAGAAAGAAUCUUGCAAAUUCUACAAGAAGCUUGGUUAUCUGUAUUUAGUACACAAUUACAUGUACUAAAUAUAAAUUUCAAUAGUACUUAUAUUUUAUGGUUCUUUUCUAAUGAAAAAUGAAAAGGGGAAAUCUUUCUCUUUAACAGUUUUUUUUAAGUACAUACGGGGUAUGUACAUUUUUAGUACAGCUGGGGCUACUUUAAGCAGUGGGUCUACAUUGAUUUACGAUAUUUUCGCAAAUUUCUAAAGCAAUCUGGGCUUUAACGUAAUGUAAUUUAGAUACACAAAACAAUUGUGUAUCUAAAUUAAAUUAAUGUAAGGACAAUACGCGAAAAAAUCGUAUAUAAAUGUAGCCCCAUACCUCGAAGUAGAACCAACCCACCCUAAGUGUUCUCAUGUCCUUCUGCAUGAUCGAUUUUUCUUUAUAGAGGUUCCUCCUGUUUGUUUUGGAAUAUGACAUGGACCACCAAUAAAAAGAAAAGUCGAUUAUGCAGAAGGACAUAAGAACCGUUCUGUACUAAAAAAAAAUUCAAGAGAAUGAUUUACGCUUUUUUUUCAUUGUAAUAGCGCCAUUAUAAGUGAUUCAAACAUAUUCAAAGAAACUUUAAAUUUUAAAGAUCGAAUUUAACAUUUAGUACUUGUACUAAAUGUACUUGCUUUAAUAAAAUCUAUUUUUUCUUGAAUUAAAAGGCAAAAAAAAGGCUGGAUAGAGCUUAAAGAAAUUGAUUUAAAAAUUAUUUUCAACUAAUGUGAGAUUAAUUUUGAAAAUUUCUAUGAGGAAAAAGAAAGUUGAUUGACAUGCCCUUUAACUUUUAUAAUGGCGUCUACACACUAGUAGAAUUUUUUUUUUAAAAAAUGCCUUUUUGAUAGGGGAAAUUUUCUUUAAAAAGGCAUUUUUUAAAAAAAAAUUUCUACUAAUGUGUGCCAUAAAGUAAAAAAUCCUGAUUAAAUUUACAGAAAAACCAAACCUGUAUCAAUAAUUCUGCUCGCCACUGUCCUCAAAUCGUAGAUUUCAAAUUGAAUUUGGGGGAUGUGAAAAUUGGUGAGAAAAUUAGCCAGUUUGAAGAAAAAACAAGAAAAAACUAGCAAGAGAGAAUCGCUGCUUUCGUAAAAUUUACAAUAAGAAGACACCAGGAUAAUUUCUAAGACGAAUAUUUGUAACAAUUUGUUGUCUAUUAAAUAAUUACAGUAAUAAACCUAAAAGGAGAAA